GAGUAGGUUUAGCCACAUAUCUCGAAGAACAAUUCAGCUGGGGACUGCUACAAGACCAAGAAGAAUUCAUAAUGAAGUGAACACUUUCACUUUCUUCGAGGUAGGAAAGUUCUGCCUAGUCUUGAGCAGUUUCACCUUCACUGCAGUCUAUCAGUCACCGUAGCAGUGUUCGAGAUAAUAACAAGAAUGUCCCAGUUUUGGUUAUUGGUAUUUCUAAUAAUUCUAGGAGUAGCUUUUAUUGAAGCAGUUUUCCAACCGAGGGCACCGAAUUUCCAGUACUUCGAAAGGCCGAAAUACCGUUAUCCCUACUACGAUGAGAAUGGUGUAGGAAAGCUGUUGUACGGAUACGGAGACGAUAAAUUGUACCAAUACAAAGUGUUUUCGCCUUUGGAGGGGAUCCACUAGUAGCAAGAAAGCAAAUACUCCUUAUUUAUUUUAGUCAAGUAGGGUCUAUCUUUGGGAUAUAUUUUUCAUGUUUAAUAAAAACUUAUUAUAAAUAA